AUGAAGUCGCUAUCGGACUACUCAGCCAAUUUCAAGGUCGGAGUAGCCAUCGGUGUGUGUGGCGAGGUGCUCUCUGGUAUCGUCAUCGCCGUUUAUGGAGUGCAAGUCGGCUUGGAAUUGGUCGAUCGUUACCAACGAGAUCAGCCCACAGACCACCUAGAGUGCCCUGCUGCAGGCUUCCAGAGCUUCAUGAACAGCUGCCAGCUCAUUAUGCUAAUCGUUACCAUUGUUCUCUUUGUCCUCCGCGUUGAGCGCAGAAGAGGCCUGUCUCGCAUCCUCGUCGCUCGGUGCAGUAUCGGCAUCAUCGGCUUUGCUGUGGGCGGUAUACUCAGCAUCUUACUCGGCAGUUGCUUCCUAAACCAGGCUACCUGGGGAAAGAUCAUUGGUUGUGUUGGUUACGGCUUCACCAUCAUCAGUGCAUUCCUGCUAGUGCUGGCACCAGAAAUGAGGCAAACCAGGAAGGGUGGCGAGGCGGCUCGGUGGAAUCCUCACGCCUUGGUCUACGCGAAUACAUAA